GUAUACAUCAGGCAUUUGCCUUCGAUACAAACAUACUAGCGACUGCCGAUACUCAAAUUUCGCGACAACAAGACGGUAAUACGUUUACCUUGUGGAAUUGGUAGGACUCCUGCCGUAAUGAUGUCGCUAGCAUCAAUCAGCUCAAUACCAGUGCGAUGGCUGACCGCGUGUGCUGUGGGCGCGUCAUCAGCACCUGGCAUUGUGUUUGAGCUGGGCGCAAGCACCGCUGGCGCCGCGAGCUGCAGCUAUCGGACCUACGGAUCACAAGCACCGGGCGAGGAGCAGCCGGCAGGGUCGGGGCGCAGCUUCCGCCGGCGGCCCUCUCGCUACGGCUCCAAGCUGGCGUUGCGCGACCCGGAGCGCUUCCAGCGCAUGCGCACCAUCCUGGGCUACCCAGGCCCGGAGGACGCCGACGCGUCCACCGCCUCCAGCACAGCCUCGCGCUCGCCAUCCUCGUCCUCCCCCACACCGUCUAAGCAGCAACAGCAACAGCCGCCAGUUGACUACGUCACCAUCAGCCUGCUGCAGACCAUGAAGCACCUGUUCCAAUACCGCGAGGUGCCGGACGCGCCUCAGGACGGCCGUCCGGACGCGGUGGAGGCGCGGCGCGCGGCGGCGCGGCAAGCCGACAACAACUACAUGCUGGAGGGCAUGGCCGCCUACAAGGUGACCAGCCUAAAUAGGCAGCUAGCGCCGCUGCUCGAGCGCACCGAGGCCUUCCUGCGCAGCGCGGAGGCGGAGGCAGCGCCGGCGGCGGCGGGUGCGGGGGCAGGGGCAGGGGCGGGCUCGGCGGGGAGAGGUGGCGCAGGCGCAGGUGUGGGCGCGGGUGUGGCGGCGGCGGGCGGGCGGAAGGCGUCGGCGUAGGUAGGCGGUGUGUGGCGGGAGGUGGGAGGCUGAGUGCCGUGAGGUGGCAGGCAGGGUGCCUGCAUGGUCUGUGGCAGCUGGUGCAGAGUGCUGAAGUGCUGGCUGCGGGGUGCAGGCUGGUGCAUGACUACCGGGUGCGGCCCGGCGCGGUGCGCAAGCGUUGUAGGACGCCCAGUGUGUGUGGGGGGGCUGGUGUGUCGUCAUACUGUGGGCCAUGGCCUUCGCGUAUCAUCUGGACCAAUGGCGAACCGUGACUGUGCACACCGGCGUCCUGUAAACAGGCCUGGAA